AUGCUGCUGCGUGUCAUAGUUUCAGAAAGUGAAAUCAGGCGUCUUUCAAUUGAAGACAUCCCCUCAAGUGUUGAGGAACUGUACCAGGUGUUACGAACCAACCUUGCCCUAAGAGGAGGAUUCAUUUUGCAGUUUGAGGAUCCUGAUUUCAAGAAUCAGUUGUGCAACCUAACGGACAUCAAAGACCUUCCUGUGGACCGUGCAACUUUGAAAGUAUUGUUCACAGCUGAUGACUCCUCGGAUUCUACACUGGACACUGGAAGCCUCUCUUCUCCAAGACAGAGUCCUGAAAACAUGGAGGUGAAGCGCAAGAUAAUGGAGGCUGAAAUGCAGAAGAAAGACCCAAAUCAUCAGCUGCUUGAGGAUUUGAUGGUUGCUACAUUUUCUCAGCGUAGGAAAGACAUUGUAGGAGAUCAACCACACAUCACAGAGCUCAUCUCCCGAUGGCCUGCUCUGUUCCAUGAGAGACAGGCUCAUGCUGAUAUUCUGGAUGAUGCCAUGAAGGGGAUGCAGGUUGGUCUCCUGAUUGCCUGUGAAGGUAGUGAACAGGGGGCCAUCCCACACGAGGUCUUCGACGUGGCAGUUGUGGUGGAGGAGACCAUUGUGCUUCACAAUAUUAAAGAUUUGACAGUUGGCUUUGCUAUGCUUAUGGGUGUCAUCUACUGUAUCAAUCUCAAGUAUCCAAAUGACAUGAAGUAUUCGUUCGAGUUUCUUCAGAGAGUGGUGAUGAAGAUCAGUCCAGACCAUGCCUCAGCUCAA